UUCUCUCCUCAAGAUUCUUUCCCUUUUAAAUCUCCCUUGCACUCCAAGAAACCAAGAAAAACCCACAAUGAGAAACACCACCAAACUGGUCGUGCACGUGGUUGAUGCUCAAUAUCUUAUGCCCAGAGAUGGCCAAGGCUCAGCAAGUCCUUUUGUAGAAGUUGAUUUCCUUAACCAGUUAAGCAAAACAAGAACCGUACCUAAAAGCCUUAACCCUGUCUGGAACCAGAAACUCUUCUUUGAUUACGACCAGAGUGUGAUAAGCCAUCACAACCAACACAUUGAAGUCUCUGUUUACCACGAAAGAAGACCGAUUCCCGGUAGAAGUUUCCUCGGUAGAGUCAAGAUUCCUCUCUCUAAUAUUGUUUACAAGGACGACCAAGUGUACCAGCGCUUCACGUUGGAGAAGAAAUGGCUUCUUUCUUCUGUUAAAGGUGAGAUUGGUCUCAAAUUCUACAUUUCAUCAUCCGAACAAGAGAAAACCUUUCCUCCUCCUCUUCAUUCUAAACCUUACACCAGUCCAACUCAAGCCUCUGCCUCUGGAACUGAAGAAGAUACUGCUCAUUCUGAAACAGAUGAUUCUCUAAAGAGUUUUGCAUCAGCAGAGCAAGAAGAUCUUCCUGAUUCUGCUAGCGAGUGUGUCAAAGGCAAAAGGACAGAAGAAGUUAAAGAACCAGAUCAGAAACUACAUAGACAAGAAGUUUUUGCUCGGCCAGCACCAAUGCAUUCCAUUCGCCUGCGCUCUCGUGAAAACCCACAUGAAGCCAAGAAACCGCUGUCUCGUGGAGCUAACCAGCUUCACCCUCAAAACACCAACCACUUGCAAUCAUAUGUUGAAACUGACCCAGAUGACUUUAAGGUGAGAGACAUGAACUUGGAUCUUGGAGAGAGAUGGCCAAAUCCAAAUGCUGGGGAGAGAUUUACGGGCACAUACGAUCUUGUGGAACAGAUGUUUUAUCUCUAUGUUCGAGUUGUUAAAGCAAAAGAGCUACCACCUGGUUCAAUCACUGGCGGAUGUGAUCCUUACGUGGAGGUCAAGCUAGGGAAUUACAAGGGAAGAACGAAGCACUUUGAUAGGAAGACAACACUUCCUGAAUGGAACCAAGUUUUUGCAUUUACCAAAGAACGUAUUCAAUCAUCAGUUCUUGAAGUUUUCGUGAAGGACAAAGAAACUCUAGGUCGAGAUGAUAUUCUUGGAAAGGUAAUGUUUGAUCUGAACGAAAUCCCAACAAGGGUUCCACCAAACAGCCCUUUGGCACCGCAGUGGUACCGAUUAGAGGAUUGGAGAGGAGAAGGCAAAGUAGUACGAGGAGAGAUAAUGAUUGCUGUCUGGAUGGGAACACAAGCCGAUGAAGCUUUUCCUGAAGCAUGGCACGCCGACUCUGCUUCUGUUCAUGGAGAAGGCGUGUUCAACAUCAGAUCCAAGGUAUAUGUAUCUCCUAAGCUGUGGUACUUAAGAGUCAAUGUUAUCGAAGCUCAAGACAUGAUCCCGAGUGAUAGGAACCGGCUUCCUGAUGUUUUCGUCAAAGCCAAUGUCGGAAUGCAAACCCUAAAGACAAGUAUCUGUCCCAUGAAGACAACAAAUCCACUCUGGAAUGAAGAUCUUGUCUUUGUAGUUGCUGAGCCAUUUGAAGAGCAGCUAGUGAUCUCUGUAGAAGACCGCGUUCACACUUCGAAAGAUGAAGUAAUUGGCAAGAUCACCCUACCGAUGAACGUGUUCGAGAAGCGGUUAGACCACCGUCCAGUCCAUUCCCGUUGGUUCAAUCUUGAUAAGUACGGUACCGGAGUUCUAGAGCCAGACUCAAGAAGAAAGGAACAUAAGUUCUCGAGCCGGAUUCACCUACGAAUAUGUCUUGAAGGAGGCUACCAUGUGAUGGACGAGUCAACAAUGUAUAUUAGCGACACAAGACCUACGGCUAGACAGCUGUGGAAGCAGCCGGUGGGAAUGUUAGAGAUUGGGAUUCUUGGAGCAAACGGGUUGGUGCCAAUGAAGUUGAAAGACGGUAGAGGAAGCACAAACGCUUAUUGUGUGGCUAAGUACGGGCAAAAAUGGGUGAGAACCAGAACCAUUCUUGACACAUUAAGUCCAAGAUGGAACGAGCAGUACACAUGGGAAGUAUAUGAUCCUUGUACUGUCAUUACUCUCGGAGUUUUCGACAAUAAUCAUUUGGGUUCUUCACAAUCCGGAACUGCAGAUUCUAAAGAUUCAAGAAUCGGAAAGGUUCGCAUUAGGCUGUCUACACUAGAGGCUCACAAGAUCUACACACAUUCAUUUCCUCUUCUUGUUCUUCAACCGCACGGUCUCAAGAAAACGGGCGACCUACAACUAUCUGUCCGUUUUACGACUCUCUCUUUAACCAACAUCAUCUACAAUUACGGCCACACCCUUCUCCCCAAAAUGCACUAUCUUUUCCCUUUCACGGUCAACCAAGUAGACGGUUUGAGGUACCAAGCCAUGAACAUUGUUGCAACCCGCCUUGGCCGAGCUGAGCCACCACUUAGGAAAGAGGUCGUCGAGUACAUGUUGGAUGUAGAUUCUCACCUAUGGAGCAUGAGAAGAAGCAAAGCCAACUUUUUUCGCAUAAUGUCGCUUCUUUCAGGUUAUUUCUUGGUCGGGAAGUGGCUAGAAGAUGUUUGCAACUGGAGAUACCCGGUUACUUCGGUUCUGGUCAAUGUCUUGUUCUUCAUUUUGGUCAUGUACCCUGAACUGAUUUUGCCUACCAUGUUUCUCUACAUGUUCUUCAUUGGAUUGUGGAACUUCAGGUCCAGGCCGAGACACCCUCCUCACAUGGAUAUGAAACUCUCAUGGGCCGAGGCUGUUGGUCCUGAUGAGCUCGAUGAAGAGUUCGACACAUUCCCAACGUCUCGGUCACAAGAGUUGGUCCGGCUGAGGUAUGACCGGCUCAGAAGCGUGGCAGGUAGGAUCCAGACUGUUGUUGGAGAUAUUGCAUCUCAGGGAGAGAGAAUUCAGUCACUUUUAAUCUGGCGAGACCCCAGGGCUACAAGCCUCUUCAUUUUGUUCUGCUUGGCUGCGUCGGUGGUCCUUUACGCAAUGCCGUUCAAAGCAAUGGCACUAGCUAGUGGGCUAUACUAUCUAAGGCACCCAAAGUUUAGAAGCAAGUUACCUUCUCUGCCAAGUAACUUCUUCAAGAGAUUGCCGUCUCGUACAGAUAGCCUUCUUUGACCUAAACUCUUUCUUUUGCAAGAUUUACAAUAAAAUGACUUUGUUAUAACUUUUUCUUUUGUUUCUAAUCUAUAUAUAAUAGCAAUCUAAUAAAUAC